AUGAAAUGGUCAGAUAAUCUUAGGAAUUGGGAUAGAUAUAAGAUCUACAGAUAUGUGAUUUUAUUAGGGUUGAGUCUGAGUGGUGAUGGAUGGUCAUACGAGGCUUCAGUCAUCGCUUCGAUUAUCCAAAUGCCAGCUUGGAUUACUCAUCUAGGGUAUGAUUCAACUAUAGGUAUACCUGAUAAGAAGAACCAAUGGAUUGGUCCAGUUUACUCCCUAGGUCAACUGAUAGGAGGACUCAUAGCGGCCUUCUUCUUAGAUAAUCUAGGUAGGAAACCUACAAUGGUGAUCGGUGCGGUCUUGAUGGAGUUGUCGACGGCAUUAUUGGUAUGGAGUGGAAGUUUCGCGAUCGUGAUCGCUGCGAGAGUCAUCGAGGGAGUCAGUAUUGGUUUUUUACUAUUGGGUUAUCAGAUCUACGCAGUCGAAAUCGCUGCUAAAGAAGAUAGAGGUUUCGUAUCUUCUUUUUCACUUAUGACUGGUAAUUUCUUUGGAUUGCUGGCUGCAGGAUUAGUCUACGGUGUAUCCUAUUCUACCAGUAACACGGGAUGGCGAGCAGCUCUAGGAAUCACUUUCAUACCUGCUACAUUACUAUUACUAGUUCUACCUUGGGUUCCAGAAUCCCCCCGAUAUCUAUUCGAGAAGGGGAAAGAUCAAGAAUGUAGAAGAGUAUUGAGCAAGUUGCAUGGUGGACAUGUAGACGAGGGCGUGGUGGUACUAUCCGGGGCUGCUGAGAGGGAGUACGAAGCUAUGAGAGCGGCAAUCUCAUGGGACCAAGCCCAUGGACAAGACAAAUGGUCCGCCCUAUGGAAGACCAAAGCAGCCCGAUACAGAUCUUUCGUAGCUUUCUCCUCACAGUGCUGGUGGGCAUGGAACGGUCAGAGCAUAUUCACCUACUAUUAUACCAAGAUCUUCAGUACUGCAGGGAUAACCGACCCACAUCUUCAAUUUGGUAUAUCCGGAAUCCAAAAUGCCACUUGGUGCGUUGGGGGAAUUGUCGGUGGAUAUCUCUUGGAUGUAUGGGGUAGAAGAACGAAUUAUCUGAUUGGGAUAGGUCAAGCUGCUAUCAUGUUGAUUAUCCAGGGUGCAAUCACCAUUGGGAUUUUCGAUAAGGGAAUUGAAAAUAAGGCUGCUGGCGCUGGGUUUGUCACGGUGUAUCUGAUUCAGUGGUUCCUAUGGGUUACAUUCUUCUCUCCUGUGGUUAAUAUGCUCCCUGCAGAGAUCUACUCGGCAGGUCUUCGCGCGAGGGGUUAUGCAAUUGCCAAUGUCUUCUCGAUGGGCAUGGGGUUCGCCACGCAGUACUCUGCUUUACCGAUGUAUCGACACAUGCACGGAUGGGUCUGGAUCUUCUUCGCUGGAUGUAUGAUAUUCGCUUGGCUAGUGAUCUACUUCACGUAUCCAGAGACUAAGGGAAUGACACUGGAAGAGGUGGAAAUUGUCUUUGGUACGGGCGCUGGACAGAGGGUCAAGGCGGCUCUUGGGAAAGCAUCGCCUGCAGAUCCCAGGACACCGGUACAUUUCAAACCCAACGAAGCGGUUGAGGACGAAAGUGACAAAGGCGGCUCGGAGGGGAGCCCGAAACAGAGCACUAGGGACGUAGUUGUAUAA